AUAUUUAAAUUUCAUCGCUCCCGUUUAUCUCCAACGCAAACUUCACCGACUCUCUUUACUUUUCUAAUUCCUAUUCAAUUCGACUUCAAACCUUUUCCUACCUCAGUCAUCUUCACAUCAAUCAUGAAGUACACUUUCGUCUACGCAUUCAUUGCUGUUGCCGCCGGGCAGAGCAUCAGCGACCUUCCCACCUGCGCCACAUCAUGCCUUAUAACUGGCGCGACAAACGUUGGAUGCGGGCUCACCGACUUUGCCUGCGCAUGCCGCAAGUCAAGUGAAUUAACACCCGCUCUCACCACCUGCGUGCAAGGAGACUGCCCCAGCACUGAGGACCAGCAGAAGGUGGUCAGUGUGGUCAGUGCUCUAUGCUCACAAGCUGGAGUCCCCAUCAACGCUGGGUCAUCGUCUUCGGUUUCCUCUUCCGCGUCUUCCCGAACGACUGCUAGCAGUACAUCACUUACCUAUCUUCCGCCAAACCUCUCACUAUCCGGUACUUCAGUUGUCUCAGUACCCACCGCCACGAGCAGCGGCUCUGCAAACACCGGAGGAGGCUCAGGAGGAUCAUCACGUUCAUCCACUGGCUCAGGUGCUACAUCAGCCGGCUCGGGAGGAGGUCUAGGAGGAGCAUCAGGUAGCGCAGGAGGAUCUUGCGUUGCUGCUACCGUCACUGUGACUGCCGGUGUUCCGGGAGUUUCUUCUGGUGCAUCGUCUGGUGCUGCUUCUUCUCCUCGCUUCCCUACAACUGGUAGCAGUGGUGUAUCUAGCAGGCUUUCUUCUGUUGUCCCUUCGGGAUCUCGCGUUUCGUCUUCUUUGCCGCCUUCUUUCACUGGAUCGGCUCAGGGUCUCAAGGCUCCUAUGCUUGCUGGAAUAUUCGGUCUUGCAGUUGCGGCGUUGUAGGUAUUCUAUGGGAGAAUGAUGACAUGGGAGGAGCUGUUGGGGCUAACAACAUCGCGUAAAUAGGUGAUGGUAAUGUGGCGCUUCGUGCGUACUUUUCUCUUCUUUCUCUCCUUCACAAACUUUUGUCGAUUUUGUAUAUAAACUUCGAUAAUACAGCCUUUCCGAGUGAGCCAAGUAUUCAUCGUGCACUAUCCCUUGUCGCCGUUCUCGUUUUCUCGUUUUUUAUUUUACUACCAUCAAUAUUCCUGGCUUGAAUGUCAGCUCAAGAUGCUCUUCUUUCUCGCGUGUUGAAAAAAGAUGAACCGGCUAGACAUAGCUUCUGUGCUCGCUGGACAGUCAAGCAUAGCUGCUCCUCUUCAAUGACGAUGCUCAGCGUAGGCGCCACGCUUUCACGUGCGUACAUCGACCAAAAGAUGGAUGCCAGUACCGCAGAAAAGCAACCGACGAAUACAAGCCAAGCGGAAACAACUGUCCACUACCCAACAAUUAUAAUCUAUAUAACGCUUUGUCUAGACUAUAGUUCGAC